CAAAACGAGAGUGACGGUCUCAAAGUUGAACUCCCUUUUCAGCCAAUCCCAAGAGUGGCAUGCUUUUUAGCGCGCCUAAAUAAGCUGCCGAUUGACUUGCAUGAAGGUGCUCAACGUGGCGGAGAAGCCAUCGGUGGCCAAGGAGAUCGCCAACAUCCUGUCUUCAGGCCGCUCCCAGCCGCGCCGGCUUUUCUAAAUACAAUGCGCUCUUCGAGUUCCCGUAUCAAAUCCGAGGGCAGCAGGUGCAAAUGGUCGUCACGUCCGUCACAGGCCACAUUAUGGAGCUGGACUUUGACGCGAGUGUCAGAAGUUGGCACUCGUGCGACCCCGUGGAUCUCUUUACAGCUCCAGUGACCAAGAGGAUACGCAGCGAUGACACUCAGAAGAAGAUCGAGAAGUCGCUAAUGAAGGAGGCCAAGCACAGUCAGUGGCUCGUGUUGUGGUUGGAUUGUGAUCGAGAGGGUGAGAACAUCGCUUACGAGGUCAAAAGUAUCUGCGAGAAGACCAAUAGGAGGCUGCGCGUUUUCCGCGCCAGGUUCUCAGCUCUAAUUCCUCGCGACAUCAUUCAUGCAGUACAGAACUUGUCUGAGCCCAAUGAGAAACUCUCACUGGCUGUCGAUGCUCGAUCAGAGAUCGAUUUAAGAAUUGGCGCGGCGUUUACGAGGUUUCAAACGAUGCGCAUUCAGAGCAGAUUCCCGGCGUUGAGUCAGGAGAAGAACGUUAUUAGCUAUGGACCCUGCCAGUUCCCGACGCUCGGCUUUGUGGUGGAGCGAUUUCUCAAGAUCCAGAACUUUGAACGGGAAGCUUUUUACUACAUCAGUGUCACACACCAGCGAACUGAUCAAUUAGACGCACCCACAACGACGUUCAAGUGGAAGCGUGGGCAUCUCUUCGAUCGCAUGGCGUGCUUGUGUAUCUAUGAGUGUCUAGUAGAGAGUCAAACAGCAACGAUCGAGUCCGUAGACAAGCGACCUUCUUGGAAGCGGAAGCCGUUGCCACUAACUACAGUGGAGCUGCAAAAACGAGUGUCACGUUGGCUGCGGAUCUCGUCAGAGGCGACCAUGAAAGCAGCAGAAAGUCUGUACAAUAAGGGUUUGAUUAGCUAUCCGCGUACGGAGACCAGCAAAUUCAAAGAAGGCUCAGACCUCAUGAGUUUGGUCCGACUGCACGACACUCAUCAACAGUGGGGGAACUACGUCACUCGACAGCUGCUUGAUGGAGGCAAAUACGAAGCUCCUCGCCACGGCAACUCUGAUGACCAGGCACACCCUCCCAUUCACCCAACCAAGAGUGUUGAUCUAAAUAAGUUGUCAGACCCCAACGAGAAGAAAGUGUACGAGUUCGUCGCUCUCCACUUCUUGGCGUGUUGUAGUCGCGAUGCCAAGGGCAGCCAGACGAGUGUCGUGAUGAGGAUGCUGGGUGAGAGCUUCACUGCGUCUGGACUGAUGGUGGAGGAACGAAAUUACUUGGAUAUCUACAAGUACGAGAAAUGGAAUGCGUCUGCGAUUCCUGUUUAUCAACGCGGCGAUGUGUUCCGCCCGUCGACUGUUGUGAUGCUCUCAGGAGAAACAAACCCGCCGCCGCUGCUAUCGGAAGCUGAUUUAAUCGCAAAGAUGGACUCAAACGGUAUUGGUACAGACGCCACGAUCGCCGAGCACAUCAAGACGAUUCUUAAGCGGGAGUACGCUAUCAAGGUGAACAACGAUACCCAGUUCAAGCCUACAACUCUGGGGUUGGCGUUGGUAUUAUCAUACGAGCACAUGGGCCUCGAGUUGGCAAAACCAGUUCUUCGUGCUGCGAUGGAGAAUGACUGCAAAGCGAUUUCGCUAGGACAAAAGGCUCUCCGACAAGUAGUCGAUUCGUGUAUGGAUCAGAUGAAGAGCAUUUUCCUCGAAGUUACUCGUAGCGCUAAUGUGCUAGACCAGACGUUUUCGGAGCAAUUCGGCCAAUCGGUUAAUGAUGCUCGUGAUCCUGGGUUGCCACGAAUGGGGGAAUUGAGGCCUCGCGCUCCUGUUGACAGAGAACCACGGCAGCCUCAUCGCGCAGACGUGAGACCUCGUGGCCCGAAUUCUGACAGUACAUCAUCGAGAGGAUCGGAGACGAGUACACGAGCUGGCAAUGGCACUCAAGAUCGACGGCAGAAACGACAACGAUCUCCAUCACGGUCUGCAGGUUCUCAGACUCGACCACCCCCUACUCCGAGUCUGGCCUCAGAUGUCCCUCGUUGCAAUGACCACGGUUUGUCUUGCGUGGAGAAGGAGGUAACUCGCGACGGGCCGAACACUGGGCGGAUGUUUUACGUGUGUCCACUGCCUCAAGGUGAGCAGUGCAACUUUUUUGCUUGGGUAUCCGACUCGAACGCGCCCGUAGUGAAGUGCCCUGGUCAUAACGAACCUUGUGCCGAGAGAACCGUAAAGAAGGACGGCCCGAACAAAGGCCGACAGUUCUACAGCUGCCGACGCGGCCAAACAGAGAACAACUGCGGGUUUUUCCUGUGGAAGGACGAAGCUUCAGAGACUCCCACUGCAUCAGCUCAGCCUUUGUCAGCUUCGAGAGUCGCUGGCGUAUUAAAUGUGCCCAAGUGCUCUGGGCAUAAUACCCCUUGCGUCUUGCGCACAACCCGAAAGCCAGGUCCGAACCUGAACCGUGAGUUUUACGCCUGCAGCUUCCAGGGACCAGACACCUGCGGCUUCUUCGAAUGGAAGGACGAGAUGCCGCCUUCUACGACCGACAGAGGAGAUAACGAGACGCCAACGUGUGAGUGUAAUUUGCCUGGCGUCUUGUUCACGUGUAAGAAUGGAGUGAACAAAGAUCGGACCUUUUUCAAGUGUCCAAACCGCCAAUGUGAUUUCUUCCAGUGGGGGUCUUAAGGCGCCCAUAGAUUCAAUACUAAAACGCUCCAUCCAAUUGUCCUGUGCACAUUAAAUUUGCGUGUGGUCCAUUCCGUUGGAUGCCUCCAUC